AUGAAGGACAGACAAGACGACUUCCCUAUACUGAUACCACAUCACCAAACUGUAUAUUGUAUACCUCCCUAUACUGAUACCACAUCACCAAACUGUAUACCUCCCUAUACUGAUACCACAUCACCAAACUGUAUACCUCCCUAUACUGAUACCACAUCACCAAACUGUAUACCUCCCUAUACUGAUACCACAUCACCAAACUGUAUACCUCCCUAUACUGAUACCACAUCACCAAACUGUAGACCUCCCUAUACUGAUACCACAUCACCAAACUGUAGACCUCCCUAUACUGAUACCACAUCACCAAACUGUAUACCUUCCUAUACUGAUACCACAUCUCCAAACUGUAUACCUCCCUAUACUGAUACCACAUCACCAAACUGUAUACCUCCCUAUACUGAUACCACAUCACCAAACUGUAUACCCCCCUAUACUGAUACCACAUCACCAAACUGUAUACCUCCCUAUACUGAUACCACAUCACCAAACUGUAUACCUCCCUAUACUGAUACCACAUCACCAAACUGUAUACCUCCCUAUACUGAUACCACAUCACCAAACUGUAUACCUCCCUAUACUGAUACCACAUCACCAAACUGUAUACCUUCCUAUACUGAUACCACAUCACCAAACUGUAGACCUCCCUAUACUGAUACCACAUCACCAAACUGUAGACCUCCCUAUACUGAUACCACAUCACCAAACUGUAGACCUCCCUAUACUGAUACCACAUCACCAAACUGUAGACCUCCCUAUACUGAUACCACAUCACCAAACUGUAUACCUUCCUAUACUGAUACCACAUCACCAAACUGUAUACCUCCCUAUACUGAUACCACAUCACCAAACUGUAUACCUCCCUAUACUGAUACCACAUCACCAAACUGUAUACCCCCUAUACUGAUACCACAUCACCAAACUGUAUACCUCCCUAUACUGAUACCACAUCACCAAACUGUAUACCUCCCUAUACUGAUACCACAUCACCAAACUGUAUACCCCCUAUACUGA